CAACUGACAACUACUUAUCUAACGGCACUGGUCGAACAGGCGACUACUGGAGUUUAUUAUGAACCCCUAACUGCCUUCAUUUUAUCUACCCCACACCUCUCUUCUCCCGUUCUCUUCGUUCCUUCUCCCGUCCGUUGGAGCCCCGUUUUACCCUCCCCGUCCGCCGCCGACACCGCGCCCGUUUCCCGUCAACAUACUAACAAGCAUUCUUCCCGCUACCCCCCCCUGAUAUCCUCCGGUCGGCCUCUAUGAGUUUCGCGGGUCGUCUAUCAUAGAGUUACAACUAUGGAGGUUGCCAACGCAGAGGUGUCAAACGGCGUCCCUGCGCCAGUGCAGACACCUUUGGUCGAUUCACAUGCAGUGAUAGAUUAUCUGAGCGACGUGCUGCGGGUGACUUUGGGAGCUCUGAGAAGCGAGCUUGAAAGCACUGGCAGUCUACUUUCCCCAGCAAAGUACAACGAGACCGUGCAGCGGUGUACGCGAUUCGCAUCAGAGUCGCAAGUCGCUCUUUAUGUGCAGCAGGAUAUUGUGGCCUCGGAGGAAGCAAAUGGAACUGAGCCAACUGAAGAACUAUCCUCGCAAUAUGUCUAUAACCUCUCCGCCGAAAUUUCGUUUUCCUCAACCACCGUUGCGACGGUUGCUUUCAUCAAACGUCCGGCCGCCAUCGACCCGUCGCUCCCUCUGCUGUCGCAAAUCACAGUCACGAACUUCCCUGGCCCGGCAUCUCCCAGCAAUGCUCAGUCCCAACAGGGUGCUUCCCACUUGCCGUACGAGGUCUUGCACUUGCUAGUACACCAUGGACUGAACCCCUACUUCGAAGCCAACACCCGUAGCCAAGAAGCAGCAAGCGGCUCAAAGCCUAGGACGGACACGGAGGCAAAGACCGGCGUGUCUAGUACGAAGAAGAAAUUCGCGGAACUGGAACUCGGUCUCCGGCACUUGCUGCAGAAUGUCGAAAUCCCGGCCUUGAACCUGCCACUUCACGAAGUGGUCCAGGCUGCCCUAGUCGAUGCGGAAAAGCGAGGAAUCAAACCUUCCGUGGAACUGAUCGAUCCCGCUAUCCUGGAGAAUAGCACGUUCGUCAACAGCAUUCAGAAUACCGUGAAUGCCUGGAUCCGCUCCAUCCAAACCAUUACCAAGAUGUCUCGCGACGCCGACAGUGAUUCGGCAGCCCAAGAAAUCAACUUCUGGCUGUCAAUGGAGACCGCCCUGGAGGGGAUUGAGAAUCAGUUGCGGGGUGACGGAGUUCAACUGACAAUGGACAUUCUCCGCCACGCGAAGCGUUAUCAGGCCACCUUGAGUUUCGUAGCUGACACAGGAUUGCGUGAGGCUACUGAUCUAGUCCAAAAGUACAAUCAGCUUAUGCGGGACUUCCCCCUCGAUGAACUCCUCUCGGCAACUACCCUACAGAAGGUGCAAGAGUCUCUCAACCUGAUUUUCAAUCAUCUGAAUAAGAAGUUGAAGAUCUGUCCCUAUCCGAUCAAGCGUGCUCUUGCUCUUGUGGAGGCCAUCUCUGGGGAUCUUGACAAACGGAUCCACUCCUUGCUCCACGGCCGGACAAUAUUGCAUCUCGACUACCGUGAGUUUCGCUCUCUCAUGAAAACUGCUGGCGCAAUCUGGCGGACAUGGGACGAAAAUCUCAAGGAGUUCACCAACGUCGCUCGAGAGUCUACGAGACGUCGCAACGAGAAGUUUAUCCCCAUCAAGAUCGCCGCGCGCCAUGAAAAGACCCAGGAACGAUUGAAAUACAUCAACACAUUCCGCGUCAACCAUGAGCAGCUUCAGAGAACAAUUGUGAACGUCCUUGGCCCAAAGACUACGUCUGCGGGAGACACGGCUGCCGGAGCGGACGGUGCCGUUAUUGUUGAGGAGAUUGGGGAUGUAGAUGCCGUCGAGGAAGUCGCGCAGGCUUACGCUGCUCUGCGAAACGUGGAUGUGCUUGAUGUCUCUCCGGACGGAACUCAGCAGUGGAUCAAGGAGGAAAUCGCCUACAAUGAACGUACUUCCCGCGUUGAGAAUUCGAUCAUUGCUCGCCUCCGAGACCGUCUGGCUACGGCCAAAAAUGCCAACGAGAUGUUCCGUGUCUUUUCCAAGUUCAACGCUCUUCUCGUUCGCCCUAAGAUCAGAGGUGCAAUCGGCGAGUAUCAAACUCAGCUUAUUGAAAACGUUAAGCAGGAUAUUUCUUCGCUGCAUGAGCGAUUCAAGCAACAGUAUGGCCACUCUGAGGCACAUGCCAUGGCGCAGUUGCGAGAUCUACCCCCUGUAUCAGGCGCCAUCGUUUGGGCACGCCAGAUUGAGCAUCAGCUGGAUGGGUACAUGGGUAAGGUGGCAAAUGUCCUCGGAGAGGACUGGGCUCUGCACUCCGAGGGCCAGAAGCUUCUGGCUGAAAGCAACUUGUUCCGCAAGAAGCUGGAUACUCGACCGGUCUUCGAGUCAUGGUUACACGACGUCCAAAGACGGCACAUCACAAUUUCUGGGCGACUCUUCAACAUUGUUCGCAACAGAGCUGCGGGAAACACCCUCGAACUUACCGUCAACUUCGAUGCGCAGAUUAUUGCUCUCUUCAAGGAAGUGAGGAACCUUAUCUGGCUUAACUUCCAGGUCCCUCAUGCAGUGAGUAAUAUCUCGAAAGAAGCGAAGCGCGUUUACCCCUACGCUAUCAGUUUGAUGGAGAGUGUCCGGACUCUGCUCCAAACUAAUCGCUCCAUUGCGACUAUGACUGAGGUUGCGAUUCUAUUGAACGGAUACAUCAAUGAUGCUCAAAGUAUGAUCAUCAAGGGUGUUCCCCUCCGGUGGGAAUCGUUCGUCCACUCGUACGAGCUUCACGUCAAACAGUCAGCCUUGGCGAACGGAGCCAUUGACGCGGCUAUUCCAACUAGAGGUGAGAGCAAGCACGUUCAGUUCGUUCGUGAAUUUGCUGGGUCAGCAUCGGUACUCCAAUCAAAAACGGCUGUUUUGGCUUCGAUCAACGAGAGUAUACAGAAGGCAACUCAUGAACUUAAGACUUGUCCUUAUGAGGCGGCCGCAUUCAGGCAACGCCUUGAUGCUAUUCAAGUCGCUGUAGACAAGCUGAACCUGGAGAAUUACGUCAACCUAGGUUAUUGGGUGGCCAACUUGAACCAGAAGAUUGAAUCGAUCUUGCGCGAACGGCUACAUCGUGCUAUUCGCGAAUGGAUCAACUCCUUCCAGGAAGCAAGCUACAGCCCACAAAGCCUUCAGACAUCGAGUGGAGUGCAGACAGGUGAAACGGAGACUCUUUCGUACAACAUUGAGUUCCCGGAGCUGGUCCACGAAAUAUCUAUGCGCAACCAAUUCCUCCAUCUCGACCCACCCCUGCAGUAUGCUCGCGCGAGCUGGUUCGCGCACUUCGAUAACUGGCUUGGUGUUAUUUGCAACCUUGAGAAGAUUAAGUCGUCCCGUUAUCAAAUUUCGAUUGAUGUGCAGAAGGUCCAGCUGUCCGAAGCAUGCUUUGCAACUCUCCCGCAGCAUUGUACGAAUGAGCUGGGUCAAGUUUACGACGCAGUGGAAUCGAGAUUGAACGAAGUAUCCGCAUACGUCGACAAAUGGUUACAGUUCCAGUCCCUCUGGGAUUUGCAGUCCGAACAAGUCUACGACAUCCUGGGUGACGACCUGUCUCAGUGGCUUCAGCUACUCCAGGAGAUUCGCAAGAGCCGUGCUACGUUCGACACAUCAGAAGUGAGCAAAUCUUUCGGUAAUAUCAAAAUCGACUAUGAGCAGGUUCAGACCCGAGUCAAUGCCAAGUAUGAUCAGUGGCAACACGAAAUCCUACUAAGAUUCGGCUCUAAGCUCGGGGGUCGCAUGAGAGAGGUUCACUCCGAGAUCUCUGCCGCCCGACGUGACCUGGAAGGGCAGACCCUGGAGGCGGCCUCUACGGCGCACGCUGUUUCAUUCAUCACGAUUGUUCAGCAAUGUAAGCGCAAGGCGAAGGUUUGGGAACCGGAGGUCGACCUUUUCCGGCAAGGACAGGCUACACUCGCGCGCCAGCGCUAUCAAUUCCCCAGCGACUGGCUUCACGUAGAGAACGUCGAUGGCGAAUGGGCCGCGCUGAACGAAUUGCUUGCACGGAAGAGCAAGAUCGUUCAGGAUCAAACAGAAGGUUUGCGUGCAAAGAUCGCUGCGGAAGACAAAGUCAUCAGCGACAAGAUUACCGAAGUCAUCAGCCAGUGGAACGAGGAAAAGCCUGUGUCCGGUACCAUUCCGCCCGAAGAAGCAUCUCGUACUUUGAGCUUGUUUCAGUCUCGCCUUGAAUCUCUUCAGUCUGAGUACGAGAUGGUCUCAAAGGCGAAAGAGGCCCUUGACCUCCCAUCAGGUGUUGAAUCUUCAUUGCCGGCAAUUCUGGAAGAGGUCCAAGAUUUCAUGUCUGUUUGGGCGGCCUUGUCGACAAUUUGGAAGAGCCUUAACGACCUCAAGGACAUGCUCUGGACAAGUGUGCAGCCGAGAAAGCUGCGUCAAUCCAUUGAUGGCUUGAUCAAGAUGACCAAGGAAAUGCCUAGUCGAAUGCGCCAAUAUGCAGCGUUCGAGCACAUUCAGAACGUUCUGCGACAGCUUCUUAAGGUCAACCCUUUGCUUUCUGAUAUGAAGUCCGAGGCCGUCCGUGAGAGGCAUUGGCAAAAGAUCUACAAGGCACUGAAGCCAGGCAAGCGAUUCUCUCUCGUGUCGCUUACUCUCGGGGACGUGUGGGAUCUCCAGCUUGCCGCAAGUGAGACUGUCAUCCGAAACAUCAUCGCGCAAGCUCAAGGUGAGAUGGCACUUGAAGAGUUCCUGAAGUCCGUUCGCGAGACAUGGCAGAAUUACUCCCUUGAUCUUAUCAACUACCAGAACAAAUGCCGGCUCAUUCGUGGCUUCGAUGAUUUGUUCGCUAAGUGCAGUGAGAACCUGAACUCCCUUCAGGCGAUGAAGCAUUCUCCGUACUACAAAGAGUUCGAGGAAGAAGCUUCCUCCUGGGAGGACAAGCUAAACCGAGUGCAUGUUCUCUUCGAUGUUUGGAUUGACGUUCAGAGACAGUGGGUUUAUCUUGAAGGUGUCUUCACUGGCAAUGCGGACAUCAAGCACCUUCUUCCCCUCGAAUCCAGUCGCUUCCAGAACAUCAACUCGGAGUUCUUUGCUGUGAUGAAGAAAGUGUACAAGUCUCCAUUUGUGCUGGACGUGCUAGCCAUAAACGGCGUGCAGAAAUCAUUGGAGAGACUGGCCGAGCUGCUGAACAAGAUCCAGAAGGCACUGGGCGAAUAUCUUGAGCGUGAACGUGUGUCUUUCCCUCGCUUCUACUUUGUUGGUGACGAGGACCUUCUUGAGAUCAUCGGUAACUCCAACGAUAUUGUUCGUGUGGCGAAGCAUUUCAAGAAGAUGUUUGCCGGUCUGUCAGGUGUUCUCAUGGACGACGACAACAACAUCGUUGGCUUCACUUCAAAGGAAGGCGAGGAAGUCCGCUUGAAGAAGGAAGUCAACCUAGUCAAAACUCCCAGGAUCAAUGAUUGGCUCACGGCUAUUGAGACCAACAUGAAAUUGACGCUGGCUGAGCUCCUUGCCGAAGCUGUGGAACAGUUCGAGCCGCUUUACAACGCUGCUGAAGUUGAUCAAACUGCGUUCAACGAUUUCCUUGCCAAUUACCCCGCGCAAAUCGUUGUACUUGCCAGUCAAGUGGUAUGGACCAGUGCCGUCCAGAGAAGCUUGGAAGAUGGUGGCGGCACUCUUUCGUCGUUGUUUGAUGCCCAAGUCCGUAUCUUGGAGCUGCUCGCUGCCACAGUCCUCGGUGAGUUGGACGCGAUCAGUCGGAAGAAGUGUGAGCAUAUGAUCACCGAAUUUGUCCAUCAGCGCGAUGUGAUUUCCAAACUUGUCGCGACGAACGCAACUACCCCCAUGCAUUACCUUUGGCUCCUCCAGAUGCGCUAUGUUUACCACGCCGAAGGGGAUUUCCUCCAAAGGCUGUAUGUCCAUAUGGCUAACGCGAAGUUGAACUACGGGUUCGAGUACCUGGGAGUUCCGGAACGUCUCGUCCGCACACCUCUGACCGAUCGUUGCUUUUUGACACUUACUCAAGCUCUGUGCCAGAGAUUGGGUGGUUCUCCUUACGGACCGGCUGGUACUGGUAAGACCGAAUCGGUUAAAGCGCUCGGUCUUCAACUUGGACGUUUCACUCUCGUCUUCUGCUGUGAUGACACCUUCGACUUCCAGGCUAUGGGCCGAAUCUUCCUUGGUAUCUGCCAAGUCGGUGCAUGGGGUUGUUUCGACGAGUUUAACCGUCUGGAGGAGAGAAUCUUGUCUGCUGUUUCCCAGCAGAUUCAGAAUAUUCAGAUCGGUCUUAAGAACGGCGAGACUGAUGAAAAGGCACAGAUUGAAUUGGUUGGCAGACGACUAUCUGUGAACAAGAACACUGGAAUUUUCAUCACUAUGAACCCUGGUUAUGCCGGACGUUCCAAUCUCCCAGACAACCUGAAGAAACUGUUCAGGAGCGUCGCCAUGUCCAAGCCCGACAAGGAAUUGAUCACAGAGGUCAUGCUCUUCUCGCAGGGUUUCAAGCAAGCUAAGCGCUUAUCGAAACAAACUGUACCUUUCUUUGAUCAUUGUUCUACCCAGCUGUCGAAGCAGGCACAUUACGAUUUCGGACUUCGUGCUCUCAAGAGUGUCCUGGUCAGCUCAGGAGGACUCAAGCGUACUCGAAUUGCCAAUGCAGAGGAGGAUCUAGGUCCCGAUGAGAUCAUUGAGCCUCAGAUCAUUGUUCAGAGUCUUCGGGAAACAAUUGCUCCUAAGUUGGUCCGAGAGGAUGUUGACAAGAUGCUGGAGAUCCAGAUGCAAGAUUUCGCCGGCGUGGAGUACGUACCAGCAAACUACGAAAAGCUUACUGCAGCAAUCCGGGAGAUCGCCAAAGAGCAACAUUUCGUCGACAGCGAGAUGUGGAUUACCAAGGCUUUGCAGCUUUACCAGAUCCAGAGCAUCCAUCAUGGUGUUAUGAUGGUAGGAAAAUCCGGCUCCGGAAAAUCCGCUGCAUGGAAAAUUCUCUUCCAGGCCCUUCAACGCACCGAGGGCGUCGAAAGCGUUUCCCACAUCAUUGAUUCAAAGGUCAUGUCCAAGGAAGCCCUCUAUGGUAGUCUGGACCCGACUACCAGAGAAUGGACCGACGGGCUGUUCACCGGUAUUUUGAGAAAGAUCGUGGACAACCUUCGAGGUGAAGAUACCAAGCGGCACUGGAUUGUGUUUGAUGGCGAUGUUGACCCAGAAUGGGUUGAAAACUUGAACAGUGUUCUUGAUGAUAACAAGCUCUUGACGCUCCCCAAUGGUGAACGUCUCAACCUGCCACCAAAUGUUCGAAUUAUGUUCGAAGUCGAGACCCUGAAGUACGCCACUCUGGCGACGGUCAGUCGUUGCGGUAUGGUCUGGUUCAACGAUGAUACCGUCACGCCUUCAAUGAUGAUUUCCAACUACGUGGAGUCGCUCAGAACGCGGACAUUUGAGGAUCUGGAUGACGACAGUGCACCUGCAGGCCAAGCUGCUAUCAAGACCCAGGAUGCCCAGGAUAUGCUGGCCACCAUCCUCAAGCAUCUGUUGCAGACAGAAGAUCUUGUUUUGCAGUCACUCGAGGAAGCCCGGAAGUACAACCAUAUCAUGGAGUACACCUUUAUACGCGCCCUCAAUACUUUGUUCAGUCUUCUGAACAAAGCCUGCCGCAACAUCCUGGAGUACAACAUUCAGCAUGUCGACUUUCCCCUUGACUAUGAGCAAAUAGAGUCUUACAUCUCCAAGAAGCUUCUUCUUGCGCUUGUCUGGUCCUUCACCGGUGAUUGUCCCUUGGUAGAUCGCCAAUCUUUUGGACAAUUUGUGUCUGCUUUAACGACAACCGAUUUGCCACCGGAUGGUGCAGCAUCCAUCAUCGACUUCGAUGUUGUUCUGCCCAAGUGCGAAUGGACGAGCUGGCAGUCCCAAGUUCCCUCUAUCGAGAUCAACACGCACUCCAUCACGCAGACCGAUGUGGUUAUCCCCACUGUGGACACUGUUCGCCAUGAAGACGUUCUCUACUCCUGGCUCGCAGAACACAAGCCACUCCUGCUCUGUGGUCCUCCGGGUUCCGGUAAAACCAUGACAUUAUUUGCUGCCCUCCGGAAGCUUCCCAACAUGGAGGUUGUCGGUCUGAACUUCUCCAGUGCCACCACUCCUGACCUCUUGGUCAAGACUUUCGAGCAGUACUGUGAGUACAAGAAGACUCUGAAUGGUGUUGUGAUGUCCCCCAACCAAAUCGGUCGCUGGCUGGUUAUCUUCUGCGAUGAAAUCAACCUUCCGGCUCCUGACCGUUACGGAACUCAACGGGCGAUUUCAUUCCUGCGUCAGCUUGUUGAGCAGAACGGGUUCUGGAGAACAUCGGACAAGACGUGGGUUACGUUGGACCGCAUCCAGUUCGUCGGUGCUUGCAACCCUCCCACCGAUGCUGGCCGUACGGCGAUGGCAGAAAGAUUCUUGCGCCAUGCUCCUUUGAUCAUGGUCGACUAUCCAGGAGAGGUUUCGCUCAACCAAAUUUACGGAACGUUCAACUCUGCCAUUCUCAAGAUUCUUCCUUUGUUGCGCGGGUACUCCGAGUCUCUCACAAAGGCCAUGGUUCAAUUCUACCUGGAGUCUCAAGCUAGGUUCACGCCGAAGAUCCAGCCUCAUUAUGUGUACUCACCCCGUGAGCUUACAAGAUGGGUCCGUGGUGUGUAUGAGGCUAUCAAACCCCUCGAAACUCUAUCGGUUGAGGGAUUGGUUCGGAUCUGGGCGCAUGAAGCUCUGCGCCUCUUCCAGGAUCGGCUUGUUACCGAAGAAGAGAGGAGCUGGACGGCAGAUGCUGUUCGGCGCAUUGCACUUGACAACUUCCCUACAAUUGAUGACGAGCAGGCUCUCAAGGGCCCGAUCUUGUUCUCCAACUGGCUGUCCAAGAACUACGUGCCCGUUGAACAAGAGAGGCUGCGUGAUUUCGUUAAAGCACGUCUCAAGACCUUCUGCGAUGAAGAAGUCGAUGUUCCCCUCGUUCUAUUCAACGAUGUCCUGGAACAUGCCCUUCGCAUCGAUCGUGUCUUCCGCCAGCCUCAGGGUCAUCUCAUUCUCAUUGGAGUCAGUGGAAGUGGUAAAACGACACUGUCACGAUUUGUUGCUUGGAUGAAUGGUUUGAAGGUGUUCCAGAUCAAGGUGCAUGGGAAGUAUUCGUCAGAAGACUUCGACGACGAUCUGAGAACUGUCCUUCGUCGCGCAGGGUGCAGGGGUGAGAAGAUCUGUUUCAUCAUGGACGAAUCGAACGUACUCGACUCUGGUUUCCUCGAACGCAUGAACACCCUGCUUGCGAAUGCAGAGGUUCCUGGAUUGUUCGAAGGAGACGAAUUCUCAUCUUUGAUGACGGCCUGUAAGGAGGGAGCCCAGCGCCAAGGUCUUCUGCUCGAUACUCAGGAGGAACUCUACAAGUGGUUCACGUCACAGAUUGUCAAGAACUUACACGUCGUGUUCACGAUGAAUCCUCCUGAAGAAGGGCUUUCCUCGAAGGCCGCAACAAGUCCUGCCCUGUUCAACAGAUGCGUGCUCAACUGGAUGGGCGAUUGGUCAGACCAGGCCCUCUUCCAAGUCGGCUCCGAACUCACGCAAUCGGUCGACCUUGACAAGCCAAACUUUGUUGCUCCUGACAGUAUUCCAGUCGCAUACCGGGAAUUGAGCCUGCCGGCCUCCCAUAGGGACACCGUUAUCAAUGCCAUGGUGUUUAUCCAUUACUCGCUGCAACGGUUCAACCAGCGUUUGCAGAAGCAGCAAGGCAGGACGACUUUCCUCACGCCACGCCACUACCUGGAUUUCGUCGCCCAAUACGUGAAGCUCUUCAAUGAAAAGCGCGAAGACCUAGAGGAACAACAGAGACACUUGAACGUCGGUCUUGAAAAGCUCAGAGAUACUGUCGAUAAGGUCAGCGAUCUCCGGGCCAGUCUGGCCCAAAAGAAGACGCAGCUGGAGAAGAAGGAUACAGAAGCAAAUGAGAAGUUGCAGCGAAUGGUUGCAGAUCAACGAGAGGCGGAACAACGUAAAGCAGUCUCCCUUGAAGUUCAGGCUGCCUUGGAAAAGCAGGAGAAGGAAGUGGCUCUCCGCAAGGAAGUUGUGCUUCACGACCUCGCUCGAGCUGAGCCUGCCGUUGUUGAGGCCCAGAAGAGUGUUAGCAACAUCAAGCGUCAGCACCUUACUGAAGUCCGUUCCAUGGGCAAUCCUCCUGCUAGCGUUCGGCUGGCGCUGGAAGCCGUUUGUACUCUGCUUGGUCACAAGGUCGACAGCUGGAAGACCAUUCAAGGUAUUGUGCGAAGGGAUGACUUCAUUGCCAGCAUUGUCAAUUACGACAAUGAGGGGCAGAUGACCAGGAAUCACAGGUUGAAGAUGCGCAACGAAUUCCUUUCCAAGGAAGACUUCACCUAUGAGAGAGUGAACCGGGCUAGUAAGGCCUGUGGUCCGUUGGUGCAAUGGGUGGAAGCUCAGGUCAACUACUCGGAGAUUUUGGACCGCGUUGGUCCUCUGCGUGAGGAGGUUACUCAGCUCGAGGAACAAGCCCUGCAAACGAAGGCCGAGGCCCAGGCCAUUGACAACACCAUCAAGGAUCUCGAAAGCAGUAUCGCCACAUACAAGGCCGAAUACGCUGCGCUUAUUAGCGAAACCCAGGCGAUCAAGACGGAGAUGUCCAGAGUACAGUUCAAGGUUGACAGGAGUGUACGCUUGCUCGAUAGUCUGUCCUCGGAACGUACUCGUUGGGAAGAGGGAAGCAGGUCCUUCGAGACGCAAAUCAGUACCCUUGUUGGUGACGUUCUCAUAGCAGCAGCUUUCCUUGCCUAUGCUGGUUUCUAUGACCAACAGUUCCGAAAGGCCAUGAUUGAUGAAUGGGUCGUCCAUCUAACGCAGGCGGGCAUCAACUUCAAGCCGCACAACCCGAUCACUGAGUAUUUGUCCAACGCCGAUGAACGCUUGACUUGGCAAGAUCACUCACUCCCAGUUGACGACCUCUGCACUGAAAACGCCAUCGUCCUGAAGCGCUACAACAGAUACCCUCUGAUCAUCGACCCGUCGGGCCGUGUCACCGAGUUCUUGGAGAAGGAAAGCACCGACAGGAAGCUCACUGUUACUAGCUUCUUGGACGAUUCGUUUGUGAAGCAGCUUGAGAGUGCUCUGCGUUUCGGAAACCCUAUCCUUAUCCAAGACGCUGAGCACCUGGAUCCCAUUCUUAACCACGUCCUUAACAAAGAGUACCAGAAGACUGGUGGUCGUGUCCUCAUCCAGCUUGGAAAGCAGGAGAUCGAUUUCUCGCCAUCUUUCAAACUCUUCCUCUCGACCAGAGAUCCUUCUGCCACCUUCCCACCGGAUGUGUGCAGUCGGACGACCUUUGUCAACUUCACUGUCACACAGAGCAGUUUGCAGACCCAGUCUCUCAAUGAGGUCUUGAAGUUCGAGCGUCCUGAUGUCGAUGCACGCCGUACCGAUCUAGUCAAGUUGCAGGGAGAGUUCAAGAUCCACCUUCGUCAACUCGAGAAGCGACUUUUGCAGGCCCUGAACGAGUCGCGCGGUAAUAUUCUCGAUGAUGAUAACGUCAUCGAAACCCUCGAGACCCUGAAGAAGGAGGCAGCGGAAAUUUCCAAGAAGAUGGUCGAAACAGAGGGUGUCAUGACGGAAGUGGAAAAUAUCACGCUCGAGUACAGCAUCAUUGCCCGCUCUUGCAGUGCAGUUUUUGCAGUCUUGGAGCAGCUUCACCACAUCAACCACUUCUACCAGUUCUCUCUCCAGUUCUUUGUUGAUAUCUUCAACUCUGUUCUGUACCAGAACAAGCGCCUUGCUCAAGAAAAGGACCAUGCUGCACGCGUUCAGAUCAUCCUUCGGGACCUGUUCGUGACUACUUACCAACGCACCUCGCUGGGACUGAUCCAGAAGGACCGCAUUACUCUGGCUAUGCUCCUUGCUCAAGCUGCACCCUACCCCAUGGACAAGAGAAUCAUCGAUAUGAUUCUUGACGAGUCGAUGGAGAGUGUGGACUUGUCAACCUCACCCGAGCUCAAGGAACAGGUGAUGAACAAGAUCUCGAAUAUGUCGCUCUUCAAAUCAACUUUCCCAGCGGUAACUCCCGAACAAUGGGAGCAAUUCUUCAACGAUGAGCUCGCAGAGAACUCUAUUCCUGUCGUUUGGGAGGACACCACGGCGAGCAUUGACAGGCUGUUGCGGUCAUUGUUGCUUGUGAAGCUGUGCAGAAUGGACAGAUUCGUGCCAACUGCCGAGCGUUUCAUCGAGGCCGUCUUUGGUAGAGAACUCUUCGAGGGAAGCACCGAUUUGAAUGACAUCGUCAGUCAAGUCACAGCAACCACUCCGAUCGCGCUCAGCUCCAGCCCUGGCUUCGAUGCAAGCUACAAGGUCGACGCUCUUGUUGAGCGCAUGAACGCAACCUGUGCAAACAUCGCGAUGGGUUCGAACGAAGGUCUCGAAAGUGCCGACAAAGCGAUCAGCAAUGCCGCCGCCGCCGGAACCUGGGUCCAGGUCAAGAACGUCCACCUGGCGCCAUCAUGGUUGCAAAGUCUGGAAAAGCGGCUGGAGUCUCUCAAACCCCACAAGGACUUCAGACUCUUCCUCUCGAUGGAGUCUAGUCCCAAGAUCCCAGUCAACCUCCUCCGUGCUUCUCGCGUCCUCAUGUACGAGCAACCUGCCGGUGUGCGCGCUAACAUGAAGGAUUCCCUGUCCUCGCUGUCCACCAGGGCCUCCAAGGCACCGGUCGAGAAGGCUCGCGUCUAUCUCCUACUCUGCUUCUUGCACGCGGUGGUGCAGGAACGACUGCGCUACGCCCCCAACCUCGGCUGGAAGGGAUUCUGGGAGUUUAACGAUAGUGAUUACGAAUGCUCCGCCCACAUCAUCGACUACUGGGUCGAUACCAUCGCCCAAGGCCGAUCCAACGUAGCCCCUCAAAAGCUACCCUGGGACAUGAUCCGCACCCUCGUGACCGAGACCUACGGCGGCAAAGUCGACGACAACGGCGACUUCCAGCAACUGGAAAGUCUCGUAACGAACCUCCUCACCCCCGCCGCUUUCGAAGACGAACACAAACUCGUGUCCGGCGUCGAAAACGACGACUGCCUCACUCUGCCUGGCGGAACCAACAUCCGCGACUUCGUGGAAUGGGUCAACAAGCUUCCUGAGCGUGAACCCCCGACCUACCUGGGUCUCCCUGCCAACGCGGAGAAACUUCUCCUGGUCGGUCACGGUAAUAAGAUGAUCUCGGAUCUGUCCAAGGUGACGACGUUGUUGGAUGAGGGCGAGCAAUUGAUGAUUGAAGCUUGAUUUUGUUCCGUGUUGAUGAUUGAUUGACUUGUAUUAUCUAUUUAUUCGUUCUUGCGUGUCUCAAUAAUAUUGCGUUUGCUUUUAAUGUUUUAUCCCCUUCGAUUGAAGAUUGUUUUAUUACUUGCUGGGUAUUGUGAUAUAGACUACUACUACUGCUGCUGCUGCUGCUGCCACGAUACAUGUUAGAUAGCCAGCCCCUGGCGAACGGACGGACGGAUGGUUGCUGUGUUGUAUUGUAUUCUCUUGAGAACGUGUACUAUUGUUGCUUUGCUUGUCGCUGUUUCUUCCAUCCAUUCAUCCGUUGAUCCAUGCGGCGAAGUACAUAGAUUUACGUCUUCUAAUACUUACCUUCGUUGUAC